GGUAAGCACCUUAUUUACACAUUAUUGCUUUUAAUUCCGGCGCGCGCGGUUGUGGCGGCGAAAUGGUGAUAAAUACUUUCGUGUUCAUGGACAUUGAAACCACGGGGUUACCCUCGGAAGAAUGCAACAAGACAAGAAUAACUGAGAUUAGUAUGAUUGCGGCACAACGAGACCACUUGUUGGACACCAGGCCGGGGGCGACACCUCGAGUACAGCACAAAAUCACCUUCUGCCUGAAUCCUGGCAGGUUAAUAUACCCAUCCUGCUCGGAAGUAACCGGACUGUGUAACGACCUUCUAGAACACGCGCCGAACUUCAACCAAGACAUUUUCCGAAUGCUAGACACAUUCCUGAAUGUUCUAGAAAAGCCGGUUUGUCUCGUCGCACAAAAUGGUAAUCAAUUCGACUAUCCCAUUCUGAAGAAUCAUUUAGUCAAAAUCGGUGUGAGCUUCUCCGAGGAUUUGUUGUGUGCUGACAGUUUCUUUGCUUUUUAUCAUAUAUUCGAGAACAAGAAGAAAGAAAAUUCUAUCACUGAUAAAGUUGUGAUAGAAAAGGAGAAAGAGUCCGAUUUAAGCCCUGAUGAAAUUAAGCUCUCAAAUGAGAGUACACCGAAACGUUUACCAGCCAAUGAAGAUGUACAUACUCCCGUAAAAGAAAGGAAAGACUCGUUGAAGACGAAGAAAUGUUCUGCUCGGAGACGUUUUCCGUGGUCAUGUGGUAGCCGACCUAUAGAAAGUUAUAAAUUAAAAAACAUACAUGAACGCUUACUCAAUCGGCCCUCGGUGGAAGCACACCGAGCUGAAAACGAUUGUAUAAUGCUUAUGGAGUGUGUUGUGGCUUGCGGUGAACAAAUGUUAAAAUACAUGGACUCAAAUCAUCAAAAAUUCUUUGAUAUCAAACCCAUGGAGAUAGGUGUCCGUAUUGGCGCCUAGCACUUCUCCAGAUAUCAAUCACACCACAGCCUUAUAUGUAAGAAGCUACUCAUGGAAUUUCAAU